AUGGCCAUUUCUCCGGCCGACCAGUACGAGGUCUCGCCGGCCACCAAGGACGAGGCCGACAUGGACGUCCACGAGCAGCGCUAUGAAAACAUUGAUGCCGCGCCACUGGCGUUGGACGCCAGCGACGGCAAGCUGACCAAGGAAAUCAUCCUGGCCUACUUUGCGCUGUGCUGCCAGAUCAACGCCUACAUUAUGACCCUGCUCGUGCCGGGCGCCAUGCUGACGGCCAUCAACGCUGACCUUGGCCCCGACAACAACUAUACCUGGAUCACGCUCUGCUGGCCGCUCGGUGCCUCCGUGUUCGUCUCCAUUGGUGGCCGUCUCACCGACAUCUUUGGCCGUCGCUACUUUAUGAUUACUGGUGCGCUCAUCUCGAUUGCUGGCACGCUUGUGGGUGCCAAUGGCAAGAGCAUUCCCAUGAUGAUCGUCUCGGGCGCGCUCUUUGGUGUCGGCAGCGGCUUCCAGGAGCUGUGCUACGCCUGCGCGCAGGAGAUUGUGCCCAACCGCUAUCGAGUCAUGGCCGUCGGCGGCCUCGACGUGUCGCUGGCCUUGGCCUUUUCGAGCCCCGUCGUGGCCUACGCCAUUGCCGGCUACCACCCCAGCGUCGGCUGGCGCGGCGCCUACUGGUACCUGUUUGCCUUUCACACGUUUGCCUUUGUGAUGCUGGUGCUCUUCUACCGGCCGCCCGACUACAAGACGAAGCACCGCGAGGACGGCAAGACGCGCUGGCAGCUGUUGGCGGAGCUCGACUACGUUGGCCUGCUCCUGUUCUUGGCCGGCGGCGUGCUGUUUCUGCUGGGCAUCAACUUUGGCGGCCGCACCUACCCCUGGAACUCGGCGGGCUGCAUUGCGCCCAUUGUCGUGGGUUUCUGCUGCUUCGUGGCCGUCGGCUUCUGGUGCGCCUACGCCGACCUCAAGUACCCGCUGUUCCCGCCCAAGCUGUUCAAGCAGGUGCGCGAGUUCGACAUGGUCAUUGUCGUGUGCUUUGUGGGCGGCAUGCUCUACUACAGCAUGAACGUGCUGUGGCCGCGCCAGUCGCAGGCCUUUUUUAUUAGUGCCGACACGCCGGUGGUCAUGAAGGGUGUCUGGGCCAUCAUCUUCUCGUGCGGCACCUGGGUGGCCGGUCUCGUGACGGUGUUUGUCUGCUCGCGCCUGCACCACGAGAAGUGGCAGCUCGUCGCCUUUACCGUGGUGCAGACGGCCCUCAUCGGCUCGAUGGCCUCGGUGGGCUCGGACGACGAGACACAGGCCAUUGUCACCGUCGUCAUCACGGCCGCCACCAUCACGCCGCCGCAGCUGCUCUCGUUUACGAUGCUGUCCUUUGGUCUCGCGGACCAGCGGGACCUGGGCGUCGCGGUCGGCCUGGCCGGCACCUUCCGCCUCUUUGGCGGUGCCGUCGCCACCGCCAUCUACACGGCCAUCUACUCCAACCGCCAGCUGCAGACGCUCCCCGGCUUCAUGACCGAGGCCAUCCAGCAGUCCGGCGUGCCCUUCUCAGACGCCCUGCUGAGCAGCCUGGUCAAGGCGGCCGCGACGAACACGCUGGCGGCCUACGAAAAGGUCGCGGGCGUCACGCCGGAGCUGGCGGCGCUGGCCGUCAACGCCACGAAGCAGUCGUACGUCAAGGGUUUCAGCCUGGUGUACUUGGUGGCGAUUGCGUUUGGCGUGCUGGCGACGGGCGCGGCGCUGUGCACGGUCAGCACGGACCGGGCGAAGAAGAACAACGAGCGGGCGGUGGUGAUGAUGAACGAGGUCGACAAGUACCCGACGGCCAAGGCGGUAUGA